GCUGAGGUCCCUGUUUACGAUCCGCAGUCCGUGGGCCGCUGAGCUUGGCUGACUGGGCUUCCUUGCUGAGACCCGGCCUACGGCUGCUCCUUUAUGGCACAGGGGCGCGGUGGGCUCCGUUUCUCCACGGGAGAGCGACCAUGAACGCCGGCAAAGGGUUACCGCCGCCUCCUCUUAUGGUCGCGCCACUGAGUAUUCCCACUUUCGCGGCGUUUGCACCAGAUUGGAAAGUGUACAACAAACCAAAUGACAAGCCAGAUGACUCAAGCAAAUCUUCAGAACCAGAGUUCCCAAAAUUCCUAAACCUCUUGGGCACGGAGAUCAUUGAGAAUGCAGUGGAGUUCAUCCUCCGCUCCAUGACCAGAAGCACAGGAUUUACGGAAUUUGAUGAUAAACGAGGAGAACAUUCAUCAAAGUGACCUCCCAAGGACACACCUACAUGGCUCCAGAAUAAUGCAAGGGCAGCCAAAUCUUGCUUUUCCAGUUCUUCUGCUUCACAAAUCCUCCAGGACAGAGGCCUCAAAGCAACUCUCAGCAAGUUCUCAGGAUUCAGGCCCUGGCUUCAAUCAAACACAACUUCUUUUGAAUACCCUGACUGCAUUUCUUCUUCCAGAAGUCAGAAUAAAAGUGUCCUUUUUGGCGUCACAUAUCCUAGUUUAUUGAGAAGAUUUGUGUUGGUGGUAGCGGUUUUUCCUAAGCAUGUUUAAAGUAUUUAAUAAUGAAAAAAUAUAUAAAAUAUAUAAAAAUUGUUAUUAACCAGAAUAAUCAAGGAGUGGCUCAAAAUAAGGAAACCAAAGCCUAGAUAAAGUAACAAGUCCUAAAUCACAGAAUCAGUAAAAGACAGGAAGGGAAUGUGAAAGAACAAGCUCUUAAGCCCUAAAAAUGUAGGAAGUUUCAGAGUUGAAAUUUAUUCAUCCUUUUUGGAUAGUCUUUCAAAAAUAUAUGAGCCCACUCUCAUGGGCUAGUAAACUAAAAACUGACCAUUUUUUAAAUUAACAAGGUUAUUGCUGUUCUACAGAAUCUUUAUUCUUCUCCUAGAACAGCAGUGUGUCAGGGAUGGAAGGGUCUUUGAAGAGUCUAGUGCAGCCUUUCAUGUGUUCAUUCUACCACCUCAUUACAUAGAAUUGGGACCUCGGUGGCCAUUGCUGUGGUCCAUGCCUACUUAGUCAUGGAGGAUUGAACCAUUGCAAAACCUGACCCAACUGAGACAGAAAGAUCCUCCCAGAAUUAUCUAAUGCGAACAGUAAGGCAAGACUGAACUCAAAGAACCCCAUGCAAUUAUGGCAGAGCUCUAGUCUAAAAUAAAAGAUCUAUGUGCUUCUGCUACUGAGUUCUCUAGAACUCUCCUGGGUCCUUUCCUUCUAAAGCGCUCGACUCUGAAGGCAACUCCAGUGUAUUUUUAAUAAAUACUUUGUUUGUC